CGCUUAACGAACGUGCCGGAUCCGCACGGCUUGGCUGCUUUAACCCUUGCGGCCGCCUGGGCAUCUCGGCGGGGCUGUGCACUGCCCCGGCAAGGAUGCGGCUGUUCCGGUGGCUGCUGAAGCAGCCGGUGCCCAAGCAGAUCGAGCGCUACUCGCGCUUCUCGCCAUCGCCGCUCUCCAUCAAACAGUUUCUUGACUUCGGUAGAGAUAAUGCAUGUGAGAAAACUUCAUACAUGUUUCUACGAAAGGAACUUCCUGUGCGACUGGCUAACACAAUGAGAGAAGUUAAUCUUCUGCCGGAUAAUUUACUUAACCGCCCUUCAGUGGGAUUGGUUCAGAGUUGGUAUAUGCAGAGCUUUCUUGAACUGUUAGAAUAUGAAAAUAAGAGCCCUGAGGAUCCACAGGUCUUGGAUAACUUUCUACAAGUUCUGAUUAAAGUCAGAAAUAGACACAAUGAUGUGGUUCCUACAAUGGCACAAGGAGUGAUUGAAUACAAGGAGAAGUUUGGGUUUGAUCCUUUCAUUAGCAGUAACAUCCAGUAUUUUCUGGAUCGGUUUUAUACCAACCGCAUCUCUUUCCGCAUGCUAAUUAACCAGCACACCCUUCUGUUUGGUGGCGACACUAAUCCUGCUCAUCCUAAACACAUAGGAAGUAUUGAUCCCACAUGUAACGUGGCUGAUGUGGUGAAAGAUGCAUAUGAAACAGCCAAGAUGCUUUGUGAGCAGUAUUACCUGGUAGCUCCAGAGCUAGAAGUUGAAGAAUUCAAUGCCAAAGCACCAGACAAACCAAUUCAGGUAGUUUAUGUGCCCUCACAUCUGUUUCACAUGCUAUUUGAGUUGUUCAAGAACUCAAUGAGAGCAACAGUUGAACUCUAUGAAGACAGAAAAGAAGGCUACCCUGCUGUUAAAACCCUCGUUACUUUGGGUAAAGAAGACUUAUCCAUUAAGAUAAGUGACCAAGGUGGUGGUGUCCCACUUCGAAAAAUAGAUCGUCUUUUUAACUACAUGUAUUCAACUGCUCCUAGACCUAGCCUGGAGCCUACAAGAGCUGCCCCUUUGGCUGGAUUUGGUUAUGGUUUGCCAAUUUCUCGUCUGUAUGCUAGAUACUUUCAGGGAGAUCUAAAGCUGUAUUCCAUGGAAGGAGUGGGUACGGAUGCUGUCAUUUAUUUGAAGGCUCUUUCAAGUGAAUCAUUUGAGAGACUUCCAGUUUUUAAUAAGUCCGCAUGGCGCCAUUACAAGACCACACCUGAAGCUGACGAUUGGAGCAAUCCCAGUAGUGAACCCAGGGAUGCUUCAAAAUACAAAGCUAAACAGGACAAGAUCAAGACUAAUAGAACUUUGUAGAGAAGUGAAUGCUCUGGUCCUGUCUUUGAAGAAAGAUUGUCUUCUGCAAGUCAACCAGAGAAAACUCCUUCCUCCCACCAACUCUGGACGUGGCACCAUAGUUAUUCCUAGUGCUUGAACAUGUAUUUUCUCUGUACCAGCUGGACCUUGCCAUGUAGCUUUUCCUGUAGCUACUCUAGAUCUUCCACUAAAGUAGUAACUUGAGCAAUUUUUCAUAGUAUCUUGCAGUGGUAUGGUUGGCGCCUGUCACAGAAGAGCACAGAGCUCUCGUACCCUCCUACUCACCAUCUUAUUAUCAUAGAGUCUAGUGUCUCCAGUCCCUCCAGGUUUCUGAACUCCUUCCCCAUUCCAGAUACAGUAGAUCCUACGGUUGCUCCUUGUGACCAAAUACCAUAUUUGUCCCAAACCUCCAAAUGGGGCCCUGGGACCAUGAAGGUGGAAGACAUCAGGUGGAAGACUUGAUAAUUCAGUCCCAGGACCCUUCCUCUUUCCCAUGCGUCUCUCCUCUACUAUCAGAUUUAGACUUUCGCCUUCUUCCAUCCAAUUGGGAGGUGUGGCUACUUUCGUGUUAGAUCUUCCUCAUCGAUGGCCUUGAUUUUAUUUCAAAAUUAAUUUGUAUACUUCCAUUCUGUUGAUUAAAGCCUUCCAAAAGUCGUCUUGGAA